AUGCCAACCUCGACGCCAUGGACGCGUACUCCGCUUGAAAUCUGGCAGGAGAUACUCAAACUUACCAUCUCCCUUCCCCUCUUCUUCUCCACCAACCCAGGGCCCAAAGACCUCGGCGUAAGAGGCGAGUUUACGGAUACAUCUAUAUACUGGGAAGCCGAGCGGACGAGGAACGCUCUGAGGAGAGUCAACAAGUCGUGGGAUACGUACCUCCGACGGUUUGAUCAUCGAUUCGUGGACCUGGUCGACGUGGAGCACGGCGACAUUCCGCUCGAUGCGAUUCGCAGUGCGAUACGGAUACGUUCCCUAUGCUGCAGAUGCACGAGGCGUGUCGUGGACUUGGUUCAGCUGGGGGAUACCCUCGAUCAAGUCCACGAGGACGGGACAGUCGAGCCGUGGAAACUACAGAUACUCGUGUUGAUCAAUGCAGGGGUUGAUUCUGUGGGUCGGAAUCGUCAACUCCCACGGCCUUAUGAGCGUCCUCAUCGAGUCGCGAAUUUACGAGUGUUUCUUGGUGAAAAAGAUGUGCCGGGGUUAUGGGAUGUCGUGAAUGGGGUUGGUUUUCCCUUGACGGUGUCCUCAGGAAUCCCGCACAAUGGGUCGAAUUUGACGGCGUUGAGCUGGAAGGUGUACGAUAGUGUGAGCGUACCGGAUACGCCCCAGCUGAGGCAUUUAAAGAUUUGGGUACGGCCAUCGAAUAUGGAUGAAUUCACUGCGUAUCUGGGUAAAAUAGGAACCCAGCUCGAGUCACUUUUUUGCGUCUUCGGUUUGCGGAUGGCCGGGGAUUAUAUUGACAUAUGGAGACUGUGUCCCAAUCUCAAGUAUCUCCGCAUCCGCGGACACCCUGAACCAGUGAUGCCGCCCACGCCUGGUCACCCUAUCGAACUACUUUCCAUCUUUCACUUUGGUCGAGCUCAUCUGUGGACCGUAUACGUGCUCCUUAUGCGGAAAAGAACAUAG